CGGAAGUGGGUGUAGUUCAUUGGGGUGUAGCCUUAAACCGAUCGAAGAUAACGGGACGGACAGAGACGGAGAGAGAUCCCCGGAGGUGACCGCGCAGCAGCCAGUCCUCUGCCCUAAUUAUCCGUUAUUUAAUUAACCUUAAUUAUCCUGACUCAAUUAAACUUUAACCGGUUGAAGGAGCCCGCCGGAGGAUUAGCUCCGUUAGCUGCUAACAGCUAGUUAGCCUGUCUGCUAACAGGGAAGUGACGGUGCAGGUGUGUCGGGCUCGAGCCGCUUUGCUUUGAUUCCAGACUCAGACAGUAAAAGAAGAAGAAGAUGAGUGGAGGACUGGGCAGCAUUGAUGCCGUGAAGAAGAAGAUCAAAGUCCUGCAGGAGCAGGCUGAGGAGGCUGAGGAGAGGGCAGAGAAGCUCCAGAAGGAGGUGGAGAAGGAGAAGAGGACCAGAGAGGAGGCUGAGGCGGAGGUGACGGCUCUAGGACGCCGUCUGCAGCUGAGUGAGGAGAACCUGGACCGAGCCCAGGAACGUCUGGCCACCGCCCUGCAUAAACUGGACGAGGUGGAGAAGGCUGCAGACGAGAGCGAGAGAGGGAUGAAGGUGAUUGAAAACAGAGCUCUGAAGGAUGAGGAGAAGAUGGAGCAGCUGGAGUGUCACCUGAGGGAAGCCAAACUGAUCGCAGAGGAGGCUGAUCGCAAAUAUGAGGAGGUGGCUCGAAAACUGAUGAUGUUGGAGGGAGAUCUGGAACGAGCCGAAGAGAGAGCCGAGCACGCCGAGAGUAAAGUUCGUAGGUUGGAGGAGCAGCUGAGGAGUUUCGACCAAUCACUGAAGAGCCUGCAGGCAUCUGAGGACAAGUAUUCAAUGAAGGAGGACAGAUAUGAAGAAGAGAUCAGGUGCCUGAGCUGCAAACUGAAGGAGGCGGAGUCCAGAGCAGAGACAGCGGAGCGUACAGUGGUUAAACUGGAGAAAACCAUCGAUGGCCUGGAAGACUCUCUGACCUCAGCCAGAAACGCCAACAUGGAGCUCCAGGCCACUUUGAACCGGACCAUGGAGGAGCUCAACUCCUGCUGAAGAUCCUGACCCUCUAAACUGGUGUCAGGGACUCUGUGGCCAAAACAUUCCUGCUCUCCCUAACUCCCCCUGCUGCCCUUUAACUCCUCCAUAACUCCCUCUAACUCCUCCCCCUCCCGUGUAACUCCUCCCUGUGGAGUUUAACAGCGACUGACCAUUCCUUCGUUUAAAACGACUAACAGACGUUAUUAGACCCCACCUCCUCUUAGCCAAUCAGUUAUUAGUGUUGUUUCUGGGGGUGUGGUUUAUAGGGGCCAAUCACAGUCAGGCAUUCCACUGUCAUUAUGGCAGACCAUGGGCCAAUCACAGCACAGACACCCCCCCCCCCCCUCCUUUUUUUUGACCUGACGCCAUGAACAAAGGAAGUUUAUAUCUGGGAGCCGCUGAUGAUGUCAUCACUGGGAUGUUCAUAGAUAUCGUGCUGCAAGUGCUGCUGUCAGGUCUUUAGCGUGUCUAAGCAGCCGCCAUAUUGGAGAGGGGUGUCUGUAGCUCUGUGACAGCAGGAGGUCCAGUGUUUACCCAGGGUCCAGGAUCAUAACAGAUGUUUGUGAGUAAAAAACAGUUUGUGAAACUGAUCCACAUUCCAGUGAGUUUAGAACAUUUAAAUGUUCUUAAUUCUGACAUUAUUCUGAGAUUUGAACCAUGGGUGGACCUCUUCCUGUCAUAGACCUCCAUUCAUCAGUGGUUACCCCUCUCAAAGAUGGCUGCCAGCGUAGAUGAAUGUCAGAAUAUAGGGAGUGGUAUCUACGUGUACUCAACUAUGGCCAUCACUAUGAUGAUGUCAUCAGUGGUGAUGUCACAGCUCAUUGUAAUAAAUCAUGAGACCAAGAGAUUUUAUAAAAUAAAAGCACGUCACUGGUUUGUAGAUCCAA